AUGGCGCCGACACGUAUACGAGCACGAGCUGCUCGGGCAGCGAAUAAAGAUCCUCGAGGACGCUAUGCGCCUCCAGAAGACGGAUACGAGCCCGCACCGCCAGCCUCAGCCACGGAAUCCCUUCCGUCAAUUCUCAAAACGAAGACUUCGUUGUCUAACAGCCGAUAUCCCGCCGAUGACAGCGCAGCAUGGCGUCUUAACAAGCGUGAUAAGCGCACAAUUAAGCACAAUUCGCUGCUCGCAAAAGUUCGCGAUGGCGGAAUCCAAAAACCUUCUGCAAAACCGAGACGUCCUACGAAGAAAUUGAAGGGCAAUAUUGGCGAGCUGGCGGAUGCGCUACCGGAUGUGGACGAGGACGAUGAGCUAUUGGACAGCGAAGAUGAGGGUUGGGAAGGCAUCUCUGGCGACGAGGCGGAUGCCCUGACGGUCGAUGGCGAUGUAUCAAUGACACAACCAGGCACGGCGGCGAAGAAGCGCAGAAGACGAAAGCCUACCGCAGCUUCGGCACAAGGCAAAAUGGUCAUGACAAGUCUCAAGCAUCGCCCUGGUGCGAUGAAGAAGAAAAUGGCCAUGGAAGGACGGGAGAUGGAGAGAUUUCAAAAGAACCUGGCUGUCAUGGUCGGCGGCAAUAAUGCGCAAGCAGCAUCUGCAGGUCGCACAGCAGCAACUCCAGCAGUCUCUGCUCCUCAGCAGGCUGAUCGAUGGGCUGCUCUGAGAGGCUUCAUCAGUAACACGAUGGUACAGAACAAGGCUUUCGCUGGCGCGUGA